AUGAAGUUUUUUGCAAAAUUAAUUAUAUUAAGUGUUGUUGCUAGUGCAGUAUUUUGCAAUUUUGGCAUAGAUAUAGCCACCUUAUUUAACAAUUAUUAAUGUUUUGUUGAUAAUGGUUAUGAUUUAGCUAUCAUUAGAGCAUAUCGCUCUCUUGGUUUAGUAGAUGCAAAUGCUAAUACUAAUCUGCUCAAUGCCAGAGCUGCUGGAAUGGACACAGAUGUUUAUAUGUUCCCUUGUAUUAAUGACUCUAAAAUUACUGCUGAAUAGCAAGUUGAUGACAUGAUCAAUAACCUUUCCUUGAUCUCUAGCGAAGAUGAAGGAGAUGCUUAUGAUACAAUUUGGGUUGAUGUUGAGACAAAUCCUUCAACUACCUGCUCAUGGAAUAACAUCUCUUCAGUUUAAGAUAGAUGCAACUAUUUACAAAGAAUUGUAAAUUAGAUUUUAUAUAGAGGAAAGAAAGUAGGUAUUUAUGCCUCUCAUUAUAUGUGGGUAUAAAUUUUUGGUGAUGAUAAAAAUUGUUAAAAUUUCAACUAAUUGCCUCUUUGGUAUGCAAGAUACAACAAUGUUACAAGUACAUCUGACUAUUCUUAAUAUCCAUUUGGUGGUUGGACUUCAGCUUAUGCCAAGCAGUAUGCUGGUUCAGUUAGUUUAUGCAAUGUUACUGUAGAUUUAGACUACUAUAAUUGA